UUCAGUGUUCAUUAAUUCGUGGUAUUAGUAUUAGUAUCAUUUUAAUGAUUAAUAAUGCGAUAUAUUGACGUAAAGUAUUCAAAAUGUUUAAUUAUUGAUAGCAUAUUUACUGUGAUUCAAUUAACUAUUAGUUUUUAAACAAUGGGUGAACAAAGGGAACGUGAAAAUGCUGGUGAAGAUAGCAUCAAAGUGGUAUGUAGAUUUAGACCUCUGAACGAUUCCGAAGAAAAAGCUGGGUCAAAAUUUAUUGUAAAAUUUCCUUCUGGACCCGAAGAAAAUUGUAUAUCAAUCGGCGGUAAAGUUUACCUUUUCGAUAAAGUUUUCAAGCCAAAUGCAUCUCAAGAUAAAGUUUACAGUGAAGCUGCAAAAUCAAUCGUCAAAGAUGUGCUUUGCGGUUAUAACGGUACUAUUUUCGCCUAUGGGCAGACUUCGUCCGGUAAAACACAUACUAUGGAAGGCGUUAUCGGAGAUCCUGCUAAACAGGGCAUCAUUCCUAGGAUAGUGAACGAUAUUUUUAACCAUAUUUACGCUAUGGAAGAGAACCUAGAAUUCCACAUUAAAGUUUCCUAUUUUGAAAUAUACAUGGAUAAAAUUAGAGAUUUACUCGACGUAUCUAAAGUCAACUUGAGCGUACAUGAAGAUAAAAAUCGUGUACCUUUCGUCAAAGGGGCCACAGAACGCUUUGUUUCUAGUCCCGAAGAAGUUUUCGAAGUAAUCGAAGAAGGAAAAGCUAACCGGCACAUAGCUGUCACAAACAUGAACGAGCACAGUUCUAGAAGUCACAGCGUAUUCUUAAUUAAUGUAAAACAAGAGAACUUAGAAAACGAGAAGAAACUUUCUGGCAAACUCUACCUCGUCGAUUUAGCUGGAAGUGAAAAGGUCAGUAAAACUGGCGCGGAAGGCACGGUGUUAGACGAAGCGAAAAAUAUUAAUAAAUCGUUAUCCGCGUUGGGUAAUGUGAUAUCAGCUCUUGCCGAUGGAAAUAAAACUCAUAUACCAUACAGAGAUUCUAAAUUGACGCGUAUUCUGCAAGAAUCUCUCGGUGGUAAUGCUCGUACUACUAUCAUCAUUUGUUGCUCACCUGCAUCCUUCAACGAAGCCGAAAGUAAAUCUACUUUGGAUUUUGGUAAACGAGCCAAAACUAUAAAGAAUGUCGUAACUGUCAAUGAAGAACUAACCGCAGAAGAAUGGAAACGAAGAUUCGAAAGGGAACGCGAGAAAUGCAAUCGUUUCAAAUCUAAAUGCGAAAAAUUGGAAUCAGAAAUUAGCAGAUGGCGAAGAGGUGAAACCGUCAAGGAAGAUGAACAGGUCAACUUGCAAGAACCUCUUGAAGCUUCGACUCCUGUAACCAGUAUUAUUGAAACAGUUAAAGGUCAAUAUCCACCCAAUGUGCCUGAUUUGCCGAUGCCUGCCACUCCUGGAGCUGGUAUUAUGUUCGGUUCGUUAUCAAACGAAGAAAGGCAAAAAUUAGAAGAAGAAAGAGAACGUUUAUACCUACAGUUGGACGAGAAAGACGAAGAAAUCAACCAGACCAGUCAAUAUGUCGAAAAAUUGAAAGAACAGAUGUUAGAACAGGAGGAAUUGAUUGCCUCCACUCGUCGAGACUACGAGCUUCUGCAACAAGAAAUGAAUCGUAUUACUCAAGAAAACGAAAGUGCUAAAGAAGAAGUAAAAGAAGUUCUUCAAGCUUUGGAAGAAUUGGCUGUUAACUAUGACCAAAAAAGCCAAGAAGUUGAAACGAAAAACAAGGAAAAUGAAACUCUGGCUGAAGAGCUAUCCACCAAACAGAGUGCUCUAAACACGACCACGUCGGAAUUACAACAAUUGAAAGAUAUGUCUACUCAUCAAAAACGUCGUAUUGCUGAAAUGUUGACUCACCUUUUAAAGGAUCUUGCUGAAAUUGGCGUUACUUUCGGCACCGAUAGUGACCUCAAAUUGGUCACCGAUGGAAAUGGUAAAUUAGAAGAAGAAUUCACUGUCGCUCGUUUAUAUAUUUCAAAAAUGAAAUCCGAAGUGAAAAACUUGGUGCAGAGGUAUCAAGGGCUAGAAGCUCAUCAAACUGAUUCCAACAAAAAGAUUACUGAUUACGAAAAGGAACUGGCAGAAUGUCGAUUACUUAUUUCACAACACGAAGCUCGUAUGAAAUCUUUACAAGAAUCGAUGCGCGAAGCUGAAAAUAAAAAACGAACAUUGGAAGAGAAUAUUGAUGGUUUACGCGAAGAAUGUGCAAAAAUGAAAGCAGCUGAACAAGUACACGCCGCUUCAACCAAAGAAAAAGCAGAAGAAAAAGAAAACGCUAGCAAAGUAAAGGCAGCCUUAGAAGAACAAAUGGAUCAAUUGCGCAGCAUUCAUCACAAACAAGUGGCCGAAUUACGAGACGAAAUUAGCGAAAAGCAGACUCUCAUUAACGAACUUAGAGAUACCAGUCAAAAAUACAUGUUAGCUCACCAACAGCUGCAACUCGACUACGAGAAAUUAAAACAAGAAGAAGCGGAUAAAAAUCAAAAACUUCAAGAGCUUUUGUUGAAGAGCGAACGACACGAUCAAGCUAUGAAAGACCUAAAAGGACUCGAAGACACUGUAUCGAAAGAGCUGCAAACUUUACAUAAUCUUAGGAAAUUAUUCGUACAAGAUAUUCAAUCUAGAAUAAAGAAAUCUGGUAACACAGAAGAAAAUGAAGAUGAUGGUGGCUCGUUAGCGCAGAAACAGAAGAUUAGUUUCUUAGAAAAUAAUUUAGAUCAAUUGACCAAGGUGCAUAAACAACUAGUUCGUGAUAACGCUGAUCUUAGAUGCGAAUUGCCUAAACUGGAGAAACGUCUGCGUGCUACGAUGGAGCGAGUAAAAGCUUUGGAAACAGCUUUGAAAGAAGCCAAAGAAGGAGCGAUGAGAGAUCGCAAACGAUAUCAGUACGAAGUUGAUCGUAUCAAAGAAGCCGUUCGACAGAAAAAUAUCACCAGAGGAUCACGUAGCGCCCAAAUUGCCAAACCUAUUAGAGCUGGUCAGCAUAACAUGAUUCAUCCAUCCAUGAUGGGAGCUAUUAGAAACCCAGUUAUAAACGCCGGUCAAGCCAAAGCACUUAUGGAUGAAGAGAUGAGAAAGAAGAAACCUAUCAUUGCUGGGGGCAAUAGUUGAUUUGUUUAAAACGUGUGAAAAAUUGGCUUUAUUUCGCCCGCUUCCAGCCUACAAAAAAAUAUUCAAAUAUUGUGUGCACUUUCCAUUCUACUUUGCGUCAGAUCAAUGGUGCUUUGUAUACAGAUAGGAACAACCCAUGCUACAAUACUCUCAUGGGCUAUUUUUUCGCAAUAAUUUUUUACUCCAUUUUUUGUUUUCUUUUUUUCAUAGUGUUAAAAAACUGUAAUAAUUAUUCCGAUUGACUAUUAAUUUAUUUUAACCGUAUUCAGAAUAAAUUUUAAUACUGUAUUUCA